AUGCGGUUUCUCCAGCAGCGAACAGUGUUUGCAGCCUUGUUGGCCACGGCUGCGGCCAUCUACUACCCCUCUUUGGCGGCACUCUUCCAAGAAGUUCGGACAAAUGUCGUGCGGAAGUCAGGCCCGGCGGGCCGACUGUUGUCUUGGAGUGUUAUAAGUACUGCCGAGCCCGACCCCGAGUUCAGUGCACUCAUGAAUGACCCAGGGACAGAGCCGGUUUUUGUGGUGGUCAUGGGAGUUUCUGGGACGGGGAAAUCGACAUUGGGGGCUGCAUUGGCGCGGGCGAUAAGCCUGCCAUAUAUCGACGGAGACGACCUUCACCCCAAAUCGAAUGUGGACAAGAUGACAAGGGGCCAGCCGCUGACCGACGAGGACAGAGAGCCGUGGCUGCAGAAGAUUCGGAGCACAGCGGAAGAAAUGGCGGGGAAUGGGCAGAAAGGCGUCGUUAUUGCGUGCUCGGCACUUCGACGGGUUUACCGUGAGGUCCUUAGAGGAAAUGACAGCAAGGGCAAACUGAGGACAUACUUCGUGUUCAUUGACGGCUCGAGGGACUUUUUGCUGGACCGGAUGGAGAAACGGACAGCACAUUUUAUGAAGUCGAAUAUGCUUGAUAGCCAACUCGCGACGCUGGAGCAUCCUGGAGGGGAAGAGGGUGUGUUUGUAGUCCCGGUCACCGAUGAGACGCCCAUAAAGGUGGAAAAGUCGGUUGCCUGGCUCAAGACCAAGUUAUGA